AUGUCAGAAAAAAUAUUAACUGGUGAAGUAAGCAAAGUUGACCGAUCAAUUGAUCGAUUAAAAACGUGUCCAUUAUUAUUGCGUGUUUUCUGUAACAAAGCUCGUCAUCAUUUAGCCAAGGAAUACGAAGAUGGACAUACACCCGAAAAUGAACUUCAAAUCUAUACUUGGAUGGAUGCAACAUUAGGUGAAUUAACAAAGUUAAUUCAAGAAGUGAAUACAGAUGCACGUCGUCGUGGUACACAAUUUUCUUUUUCAAUUGUUCAAGCUGAUAGUACACAUAAUCGUUAUUAUCUAACUGAUAUUGGAAUAACUGAAAAUGGUCCAAGACGAGGUGACGAUCAAAUACAAUUAGCAAAGACACGUUUUCGAGUAGGUGAUUAUCUUGAUGUUGCUAUUAUGCAAAAGAGACAAGAACAACCAGCAGCCAAUCCACGACGUGAUCGACCACUUCAACAAUCAUCUGAAGAUAAUAAUAAACGACGUAGUGGUCCGGCUAAUGAAAGAAAUGGUAGUGGACCUGUACGUUCGGCUCCACGUAAUGAUCAUCGGGAUCGUCCUUAUUAA